UCCCCAUCAUCCCAAGAUGUUGGAUUCCAAGAGUCGUCUACAUCAUCGAUGACCUCAGAGACAUAACAUGGUGCUGGGUUGGCACUCGUGAUCUAUCGUGGUCACGCCUCAGUGACCCCGUAACAAAAAAUCGUCCUUCUAACGGCGAACCUGUCGCCAUUUUUCUUGAACAAGAGUGAAACCGUUGGAUCAAGAGGUUUUCAUUUCUAUACAAGAGAUGUCCUCUCACAGAAUCGACUAAAAAGAGGUACGCUCAAAGGGAGACAAUUAAGCCAGCAACAAAACUGAAGUCGAUUCUCUUGUGGUGGCAAAAGAACAAAACAGUGGUACUGCGUGGGAAAGUUCCACAGCAACUUUAGAAGGCCACCAUGGAAGAAGCCCAAGAACAAGCUGAGAAAUACAUUCCCGCCGACGUUCGUUUGAUCUCAGGGUGCAGAGAUGAACAGACUUCGGCGGACGUCUCCAAUGUAGCAGAUUUCAAGCUCCCUGACCCCUCAGGGAAGGCUGGUGGGGCAUGCACCUCGGCCAUGCUGCAGGUCCUGUACGCGGAUCACACGGAUACCUCUGAAGAUCUGACCUUUGAAGAAGUGAUUCUAAAGAUCCGGGACAACCUAUCAGAGAACUUUAGUCAGAUACCCCAGUUGUCCAGUUCUCGAAAUAUGAAUGUCAACGAGAAAUUCCACAUCGUCCCAGACGAAUUUGAAGGCACAAAGCGUGCUGUAAUGAUUGGAAUCAACUAUGUCGGUCAGGAUGGAGAGCUAUCUGGAUGCCACAACGAUGUGAACAAUAUGAUGGAAUACCUGUUGGAAGUUCACGGAUUUGAACAUGAAAACAUCACCCUUCUAAUGGAUGAUGAUGACGAUGAUCACAUUGAGCCCACAAAAGAGAACAUCCUCGCUGCGUACGAGAAGCUAGUUGAAGAAACCGAAGAAGGGGACGUUGUGUUCUGUCACUUUUCCGGUCACGGUGGUAGGCUCAAAGACGACGAUGGCGAUGAAGAUGAUGGUUUCGACGAAUCUUUGGUACCUUUGGAUUAUUCAACGGGGGGCCAGAUCCGUGAUGAUGACCUCUUGACGAACCUGGUUCGUAAGAUGCCAUCGGGCGUUACCAUGACGUGUGUUUUUGACUGCUGUCAUUCUGGUACAGUUCUUGAUUUGCCCUUUGUGUUCAUUGGAGAUGGUGAACACGAAGCAAUGGAAUCGGCAGAAGGAUACAAUUUCGGUGGAGGUGGAGGAGACGAUGACGAAGAGUUCGUGGAUGAUGAGAAUGAGAACAACAAUGCUGCUGCCGCGUCGCCACCGCCCAAGAAGAAGAGCGGUGGGUUUUGCUGCUUCGGCGGGAAAGAGGAAGAAUCAGAUGAUGAAUUCGACGGCGAGGAAGGUGAAGAUGGAAAGCCUCCUGGCCACAGAAAAGUCAUCGUUAUUGGAGCAUCAGGAAUGGUGGGGCGGGCCGUUCUCCCGGUGCUGGUGUUCCGGUAUGGAGAGCACCUCCAAGUCUAUGCUGGUACGCGUGAUCCGUCGUCGUUCGAAGCUGUGAAAGGAGUGAAUGUGGUCAAGGCAGACAUGGCGGACAAGAAGUCACUGACGAAAACACUGAAGCAUUUCGACAGAGCCAUGAUUAUUGUACCAAACAAUCGACCUGAUCUUGCAGCAAACGCACUGGAGGCCGCUGAUAGCGCAAAGAGCAUCAACUUUGUUUUGGUCUUGUCCGUGCUCACGGCUCCUCUUACUGAUACAAUAUUCGGAAAACACUUCAACGAGAUUGAGACAAAGGCGAAGCAGGUCUUUCCCGCAUCAUACUGCAUCCUUCGUUGUCCCGUUUUCAUCGAUUCGCUCUUGACAUAUGCUGAAUCCAUCAAGGAAGACGGCUCCUUCUCCGAUCCUCGUGAUCCUGACAUGCCGUUCACGCCCAUCGCUGUAAGGGAUGUCGCACGAGCGGCCUCCGACAUCCUUGCAAAACCAAACCAAAACGCAGAGAAGACGUAUAAGCUUGUUUGCGCGCCAUUCUCACUGCACGACCAGGCUGCCGCCUUGAGCAGUGUUCUCGAAAAGGCCAUCACGGUGUCGACAAUUGAAUACGAGGCCUGUCGAGAUGGAUACUUGGAACAAGGCUACCCAGAAUGGCAGGUUGAUGGCACACUGGAGGUAUUCAAGCUUAUCGACGAGGGCAACGAAAUCACAAACGAAGCGGAGUCCGGCGACUUUGAGGAGAUUACGGACUCGAAAGCAACAACCAUCGAAGAGUGGUGCCAAAUCAACGCUUCCAAGUUUAUGUAACAUCCGCGUCGUGCUGACGCUCAUUGGUACUUGCUUGCCUUGACUCUCAACUUAAGUGAUUGAUAACAAGGCAAACGGGAGAUCUCGACAUCAUUAGUCUAUUCGACAGCGCUGUGGAGGCUGUGAAUAAGAGAAUAGCUGUAAGCUGCAUAGUUAUCUGCGUAUCAUUAUCAUCAGCGUGCUUAGUCACUUCUUUGUUUCUAAAGAACAUGUAGCAGAUGUGAACACUGCAUAAAUGCAUACCUGAAACCGCACAUCCCAAACACGAGGACCCACACAAGGCCCAGCAUGAAGGCCGUCUCCCAGGCCCGGCUCAAGAAAACCAACACCUGACCCAUACCCAUGCAGCCAGGACCCAUAUCAGGACCAAUGCCUCUCUGGCCAACACUCUAGCUAGGACCAAUGACACUCCUCCAAAUUCUUAGCCCAAAACCAGACAACAACGUCAGGAGCAACCCCAGGUCCACACGAAUAGCAAAUUUGCACCGUCGAAACCAUACAUUCCAACGGUUUUUGACAGCUUUG